AUGACCACAGUGAAUGGUUCCAACGAUAAGAACCUUCAUGACAUCAAUACCUUCGCUGAAAGCUCAAGUGACGAGCACGCCCUGAAUACUUCCUUCGAAUCUGAGCCCCGGUCUAGUGGCUCCUAUCCUUGUCAAUAUGAAAUGAACAGACCAGCCGAGGCCUCCACGAAUUCAAUCUCCGACGACAUCUUCCAUAAAGUAAAAAGCUUUCUUCGACACAAAACACAGAUCCCCAAUGACGACACGUUGUCUGGGUGGCCCCAUCAUGGCAGACCCUGCAAUUCCUUCUCCAUAUUCAAACAACAGACAAAACAGAUUCUCAGGCCGAGGAUCGUCUUCUCCGGUGCCUUCGCCGCAUCGGCAAUCAUUCUCUCUAAUACCAAAAGCCCGGCGCUUGUGAUAUUCAUAUGGAACCUCCUUGCGAUUGUGCCGCUGUCGAUCACACUCACAGAAGCCACCGAGAGGAUAUCCAAGGAUUUGGGUGAGACCGCUGGCGCUCUCCUCAACAUCACGAUAGGGAAUCUAGCGGAGCUUAUUAUUUUUGUCACUGCUUUGUUGAAAAACAACAUUAAAGUAGUUCAAUCAUCACUCCUCGGCUCCAUCCUUGUGAACCUUCUGCUCGUCCUCGGGUCUGCAAUCAUAGCAGGCUGUAUCUCGACGAUUGAUGUGACAUAUAACACUGAUCUGACCCAGUCAUUUGUGGGACUUCUCAAUCUCACCAUCUCUUGCCUUAUGAUUCCCACCGCUUUCUAUGGCAGCGUCAAGAGCGUCACUUCUGCUGAUCAUAUGUCAUUAUCCUUCAGCAGGGGGGUGUCCAUCAUUCUUCUCCUCACAUAUUUCUUAUACCUUUUCUUCCAGUUCAAAUCACACGCUCACUUGUUCCACUCCACGCGGCUCCAAAUGCCGCGCCCAACCGAUCCCCUAUAUACAGACGACCUCGAAUCGCGUCCCACCACGGUCGAAAGCGCAACAAGCAGACAUAUCCGCCAGCUAGAGAUGCAAGAGGUGCGAUCACGGUCAUGCUCAGUCGACGCACAAACGGCAGCAGCAAUGCCCCUGUUUCACAACGAACCUUCUGAAGGAAGAACGACUCUCCACCGACACACGGCAUCUGAAGGAAGGAGCCUCCCCAGACAAACGGCACCACCUAUGCGAGACUAUGGACCAUGUCGCUGCGACCGCUACGUGAUCAAGUCCAACCGAACGAUAUCCGUCACCCUCCUCGCCCUAUCAACCGUUCUCAUCGCCAUAUGCGCCGAAUACUUCUCCUCGAGCUUCUCAACGCUCAACGAACAGGGCGUCCUCGGUGAAUCAUUCGUCGGUUUGAUCAUCAUUCCUAUCGCCGGAAAUGUUGCCGAAAAUGUUACUGCGGUUGUCGUGGCCUCGAAAAACCAAAUGGACCUUGCCAUCAGUGUUGCCCUGGGAUCGGCCAUUCAAAUCGGUCUCUUGGUUUCGCCGGCUAUGGUGCUUAUUGGCUGGGCUCUCGACAAGCCCAUGACCUUGCAUUUUGACAAGUUUGAGAUGGUCACUCUGAUCGGGGCUGUUAUUUUGGUCGAUUUCAUCGUGCUCAAGGGAAAGACUAAUUAUUUGGAGGGCGCUAUCUUGUGUGCCUGCUUUGCGGCUAUUUCUGUCGGCGCAUAUCUUUUACCGCUCACUUGA